AUGUACCAGCCGCCAAAUCCCUGGCUUCUGUCCCGUGUCUGGACCGACUUGCCCUCCCGCUUCCCGCCUCCGCCCUUCAAUACGCAACCAUCAACGAACAUCGCGAACUUAGGACCUAGAGCGCGAAUACACGACCGACGACCCUCAACAUCGCCUUCGGCCCCUCCGCCCGUCUCCAACUCAAUUGAUCGACAACCCUUUUCAUUACGCAUAAGGGUGUCAUCCAACGGGAUAGUUAUCCCACACCACCCCACCUACCUGCUCUCGGGUCUUCACCGUGUUGUUGAUGACGGAGUGGGAGAGCAUCUUUCUUACCCUGGAUCUGCUAGGUUGUCAAGUGAUGCGUGUUACACUUCACCAUCUGCGCUCCACCUCGUCGCCCAGCGCACUAUACACACCCUUCUCAAGCAAAAGCCGCUUCGUCUCCUACGCUAUCGGGCUGUGGGUGGUACAUUGGAGGCCAUUGUCGAGGCAUCUAGACGUCUCAUGGCGUACCAAAAGAAGUACUUCUUGGGCCGCUAUGUCUGCCGCACCACCAUCCCAUGCCCGAACUGCUCUCUCGGUAGCAGCAAGACCCGAGAGCCUCAUAGAGAGAGAGUACCUGCACACAUCAAGGCGCUAGACAACAUAGCAUGGGAGUUUUCAGGCGAGAUAAUAUCAUUUUUCGCGAAUGGGCUGGAGGCCAACGGUGUCGGGUCAUCUUCAACAGUCGUUGGGGCCUCGGCGACGAUAUCUUGCCUUCGCACAAACAUCUUUGCCUUGCUGGCUCGGUUGCGACUGACGUGCAUGGCAAUCUCCAAUGGCCCAGUUUUGGCCAAGGCUCUCUCAGCUCUCCACCAGCAACAGCUCCGGCUCCGAAGUAUGGGUCGGCCUGCUUCUCAAAGCCCCGACCUCUUACGAAUAGAGGACCUAACCUGCAAGGAACUGCCAAUGGGCUCCAUCGGAACGGGGGCCUUAGCAUGCCAUCAACUCCUGUCAGGAGGGCAAGGCCGCGAUCCCACCGCCUCACACCACCCGCCUGCUGCGCACGAGCACCUAUCCGUACUGUCGAAAAUCUACUAUCCAACGUACGACGGGAAGACGAACAGGGGAAACGACGAGUCUAAGCCGCUGUUUGCGCCAACAUAUCUGGUCGGGCGGAGAAUGCCUGCGAUUUCGAUAAGCCCGGACUCCCAAGGGAGAUUGUGCUUAUCAAAAGUAUGGUUUAUGACCGACAAGCCUCCGGAGCAUUCAAUGCCUAAAACUGUUGCUAUUGUUCCAUCACAACUCGUCUUUGAGACUGAGGCACUGGGACAAGCCAUUGACAGCCCCCGUUAUGGCCCAUGCAACCUUAACGCCCACCCAGCGACGGGAUGUGGCCGCGGUGAUAGCGGCGCGAGUGAGGAAGCGCUGACGUGCGAUUGCGACAGCAGCAGUUUGCGACUGAGUUCCACACAAUCUAUCAGCAGCUGCCCUGGUGCCGCUUACACCAAAUCUGACUUAUCAUUGGUGGCCGGCCAGGAUAUUACAGCCUUUGCCCAAUCCAGAGACCUAGAGUCUGGGGGCGAUGGAACGCGACAGGCGAUGUAUGGUACUGUUAGGGCUGUCAGCCUAGCCUUCAAGCUCACCCCUGAGAAAUUGGCAUUUGAACUCAAGACCCAUGGACUUGCGACUUGCGAAAAGUGCAUCAGCCCGACUUUCAACACACGUCCGCCGCUGUUGAAAUAUCUUGCAGAUUACAUGCCGCACUCGGCCUACAUGGACCCCUUUUUUCCCAGCUUUGGCACGUCUAGAGAAGCGCAAGCUACAGGGGAUAGCUGGACCGAUCGAGUCAAGUUCUGGAUACCUCACGGAGUAGCGAGGUGCUUGACGAAAUCACGGCAUCUCCAUUAUCAGACCCUCCACGAAGCAAGCCCCUGUAUGGAGGGCUCAAAGGUCAUGCCAAUGUACCCCUUGCACGUCCUUGAGGAGGCAUGGAUUCCCCUGCCUUACCUUGGUGAAGAAUUUGGUGCGGCGCGGGACGGUUGCAACCGUUCCAAGUUGUUUAUUCCACCUUCAACAAUCUACCCAUUGCUUUCAGCACAGCUACGAAUCGACUUUCCCAUAGUGCUAGGUCAUCUUCGCCGGUCAAGGCCCAUCAAAGGCGCAUCAUCGAUGUCGGCGUAUAUUCUUGAUGAAGUUCGACUUCAUGGCCAUGGCAAUGUAGCUCAGACCCUACUAGCGACCCCGUUGCGAUUCUGCAAGCUGGCAACGAUGCCUUGUCCUGGGGAGACGGGAGCUAUUCGUUCCGAUUCAGAGGUAAAUCCCACAAAGCCAGUGCUACUUUUGUUUGACUCCUCUCGUGGGCUUCAUGGAGAAGAGCUCCAACGACUGCGGCGCAUGAGUACAUACAGAGUAGUCACCGCCAUAGAUGAUGACAAAGGCUACUGCGUCUCCAACGAGCAGGGGCUUGCAACCAGACUGAGCCCAGUGAUAAGAGAGCGAGGGACGAGAUACCAGGGCGGUCAGCACCGCAGUCUCAAGUGGGCAAAAAAAACAGCGUCGGCUACGGUUGGCCUGGCCCAAGCCUGGACUGUGGCCUCUCCAUUUGCACUGCAAUGGUUUGGCAGAUGUAACUCCGGCAUGCAGCUGUCGUUGACGGCUCUUGUCGAGACCACGCGUUUGGCGGAGUAUGCUGCCACAGACACCCGUCGUCGAAGCGGUACGUACGGCACUGACAUCUUGACAACUACAGAUGGAGAUCAGGAGGGGCACAUGAGGGGACUAUUGGGACAAGCCUUCUCCAUAAGAGCUUGGAAUGUGGGCGUGCAGCUGCCGGGCGUCAAUAACCUAGAUGCUUGUUUGCUGGAGCCGCUUUCCAAUGGGUUACCGACGCGGCCUCGAGGCUUUGCAGAGCUUAAGACUGGGGCAAUAAACCAUGAGACGACUCAAGAUAGAAGACGCCGCGAAGUUACGCUACUCCACGGGGAAGGCGGAUCACGAUCAAACAAGGACAAGAAGCUUUCUUACGGGCUGAAGGACGAGGAUGCGACGCAAGGAAGAAGCAUUACGCUGCAUUCCUGGUCAAACUCUAAAAGCUUGCGGUAUCCUCCCGACUCCCAAGAGUUUUGUGGGCAGAGCCCUUCCAACAAAGUGUGGGUUGAGAGGAGAAGGUCGAUACGCAUUUCAGAAUCGAGUAAGGCGGUGGUCCAGUCAGUGAAGGAUUCGAUCGAUACCUUGCCGGAAUCUACACUUUGUGACGAGCCGGGGCCGAACCUCUCCUCUGCGGCUGUAACAUAUCUCAUCCCUCCCCACCGGAGUUUGUGCGACCAUGCAGUGCAAAAGGUGGCAGGACAGAAUCUUCACACGAGGACGGCAUCCUCAAUUCGGCCUGAGCUGCAGAUGCUUACUUGGACUGUCAUCUUCCGCCUCCAGUCCUCUCGAGACGGCUUGAUCACUAGCUUCACGGGCUUGACUGAGGCGCACUACGUCAGUCUCAAAGCUUACAACAUGUCAUCCAUCCACCAUCCUCCAAACGAGCAUCGAAAAAGGGAGCAUCAGGUCGACACAUGCAACAUGACACACCAUCCUCGCUCUUCACCCCACCACCUUCGCUACCUGUCACUGCGGCUUCUCAUGCCGUCUCCAUUCUCUUGGACAACCCUACCUAAUACCUUAUCCUGGGCCUGGGAUGGGUCGGCAGCACUGAGCAGACAACCACCACGACGGUGGUCAGGGGGGUGUGUGCCCCAGAAGCGGCCAGCUCGGAGCCAAAGGGGGGACCCCAGCGACCAUGGGCCUGCAGUAGGCCCGCAUCCCUUUUUUUUGCCUUCGGGUGCGGAUGCUCUCCCACCCCUGCCGGAGGUUUGGUUCUUGGCAAAGACUUUCUCGGGCGACACCCCCCUUCCCCUUCCCUUUCCGCUCGUAGAGCCCUUGUCUCCUCCGGCGGAGGUCCUACUCUUGUCCGAAGUUCCAGCAUUGUACCUACAGGCUACGCAUACUGCGUUUGCUGCUGCUGUUGUGCGCUGA